AUGGAUUCGGAUUCAAGUUACGUCGGAGAAAGCGAGGACAGUAUUUCUUCACCCGACCCUCAACUUCCCGCUUCACCACCGCCACCGCGACAAAGGAUACCGAGCCGUCGUAAUCCCCACCAGUCGCCUUCCAGCGCCUCCAUCUCACAACGAAUCAUUCCCUCUUUAGCAGAUAAUCCGUUCGCGCAAGGUGAGGAUGCAGAAACAUACUUCACCCGACCCAAUCGGUAUUUUGGGCCGGCUUCGACAUGGAGAUCUUGGACCGAGCGGGAGAGAACCGCGGCUCUCAGUAUUGACCGGCUGCGCAGUCAAGAUCUUAGCCUCCAUCUCUUCAACGCGGUCGGAUUGAAACGGAAAGCUCAAGAAUCUUCGGACGGCAGAAAACUGAAGCAGAGCAAGAAGGCCAAGGGGAGAGCCUCGUCGGUGCUUUCGACCGCUACAGGUGACGACGAAGAGAGAGGGUCUCGGGGACGACCGACGACUUCUACUCUGCCUAAAUCGUGGACAGCUUGGCCUAUGCCUCCUGAUCAGGUGCCGAGGGAGGAACUGCUUCCACGGAUAGGAGAAAGCGGGGAGUUUCGUACAAUGGUUGAUACGAGACCGAGUUCGAACUUGGAGGAAUGUCUUGUAGCUACCGCGACGAGGCUCGCGAGGGAAAGGUGGGAUGCACGCCCGUGGGAGGAUCCGGGGUCCGAAAUGGGAAUGAGAAGUGGGACGAAGACUGAUCCAGAAGAGAUUGAUGGUGCUUCGCAGACGCCCGAGUCAGCUGACGAGAGUCAAGAGGAAGAGGAAGUAGCAUCGAUGUCUGGAGACGACGAUUUGCCGAUGUUUUCUUCUCAAACUUUCUCUACUUCGGACGAGGCUGAUGAUCAGCCAGCUACAGAAGUCGAAGAAGAAAGUGACAAUGAGAGCAGUGAAGUGGACCGGCGUCCCGUCCCACUCGCGGACGAGGAGAACGCACGCCAAUAUCUUAUCCCCAGUGCAAGACACAUCUUGACCAAACUCGACGAUCUGCUGCUCGGUUUGCACAAGGCGCGGCAUGCCUACGCUGCGAAACCUCCCGGUAAACAGCGAGGACGGUAUUUCCAGACAGCCCAGGGGAGCGAGGGAGAAGCGCGAAGUCGAUCUCAGUCGCGAGCCCGGAAGAGAAAGCGCUCCUCAUCGACGAACUCAGUGGCAUCAAGUGCCUCGGCUACGUCUACUACGUCAGGAAAGCGAUCCCGUCGAGUCGGGAAACUAGGCUUGCGAGACUGGAGCGAUGUCAUGGGCAUGGCAUCCUUAACUGGUUGGAAUCCUGCGGUCGUGGAGAGAGCCAGUGAACGUUGCGCAAGAUUGUUUGGCGAAAACAUGCUCUUCCGCACAUUUCACCCGGGCGACGCCAAAGAAGGAAAGGCCUCGUACUUUACCGAACAUCUUGCUCUGGAAUCCGAGGGAUCGGUCGAACCUGAUGACGGAGACCAAGAGGGAGAUGUCCGGGCACUCCGCACCUCAGUGCCGUGUGAGAAUUGUCGAGGCAGACGAAUGAAUUGUCAGCCUGCCGAUAUGCAUGGUGGAAAUUUCAGACCAUGCAAGAAUUGUCUGGACAUGGAGAUCGCCUGUUCUGGUAUAUCAGUCAAAGUCUGCACCGCCCAUGGACGAUUCUGUCCCCACCAGUCCUGCCCCAGGCACAUGUUCCCGUUUCGAAAGCAACAUCAUCUCCAAAGGCAUCUGGCCAAUGUGCACCGGUCUGCCUCAGAAGAUACGAAGUUCCGGGGAAGGAGAAGAAGCAUGCCGUCAUCUGCGAGGGCGAGCGUGGAUGUUAGUGACGUUGACGUCUGGCCCGGUGCAGGAUCUGCGCCUGUGAUAACCUGUCCAGUCCGAACAUGUCCAAGAGGCAAGCAGCCGUUCGCUGCGGGGAAGUACUUGUAUGAUCAUGUCAGGAGGAUGCAUCCUGAGGUAGAUGUCCAGGAAUUGAAGAGGUUGGAAAGUAAGAGGCGAAGCGAGAGGAGAGGGCGGUGGAAGGAUGAGAGGCGGCAUAGGAGUGUCAGUCGGAAAUCGUCGAGGAGGAAACAGACGGAUGGGGAGGCAGACGACGACGAAGAAGAAGAGAAUCAUGAGCUGUAA